GUUGGCAGGACUGAUGCUUAUCAGAUCAGACAGACAGAUAUCAGGAUCAUAGAAUCCAUCACUGCAGCCCAACCAGAGUUCCCAUCAGCGCUCUUCAGAGAUCAUGUCAUCUGUCCUGGAUCUCACACCUCUUUCAUUCUCUAAAGAACAGCUCACGCCUCACUCAGAGAACACGGUCUUCAGCCUGUCCCACAGCCCGACCCUCUGGACCGCUCAGGCACCCCCGGGAAACUGUGAGUACUACUGGCAUGCCAUUCUCCUCAUGACCUCAGGAGGCAGCGUGCUGAUCUGCGGCAUGGUGUUGAGCGGACUUUACUUCGCCGGGAUCUCCGUGAUGGCCACCAACAUUCUUGGCCCCGCCCUGCUCUCCCUCGGUUUGAUGGUGCUGGUAGUGGGCGUGGUUUUGGUGCCAAUAACGCAGGAAAUGAGGUAUCAGAGUGCCACGAAACGACUGUGUAAUCAGUACAAGCCUCAGGUGAACCAGUGA